AUGAAAAUUUCCGGCAUCGAGGGGUUCGAAACCCAUCUGAAAACAAUGCAAAGAGCAUUACUGAAUCGCCUUACCGGAGAGAAACGUCUAAAAAUCCAAGGCCAUGAAGACGACAUGCAUAAGGUACAUCAACUCGUCGAACAAACAGUUUUGGCGGGCGAGGGUAACUCUAUGUUGAUUAUUGGUGCAAGGGGUUCUGGAAAGACUACCCUGGUUGAAACCGUAAUUUCAGAUCUUGGAAGAGACCAUAGACAAAAAUUCCAUGUGGUUAGACUUAAUGGAUUCAUCCAUACUGACGAUCGGCUAGCGUUGCGCGAGAUAUGGAGACAGUUGGGCAGGGAAAUGGAAGUUGAAGAUGACUCUAAUGGCAAGAUUAAUAAUUAUGCCGAUACCUUGGCGUCUCUUCUGGCUUUACUCUCCCAUCCAUCGGAGAUAUCGGAAAUCGAGACAGACCAUGCUGCUAAAUCUGUUAUCUUUGUACUAGACGAAUUUGACCUAUUCACGACACAUUCUCGACAAACUCUACUCUAUAAUUUAUUCGACAUAGCACAGGCCAGGAAAGCGCCUAUUGCUGUACUUGGUCUAACCACCCGUGUGGAUGUAGUCGAGAGUCUAGAAAAGAGAGUCAAAAGUCGUUUUAGUCACCGAUAUGUUCAUUUAUCAUUACCCAGAAGUCUUCCAGCAUUUUGGGAAGUAUGUAAACAGGGCCUCAUUGUUGACAGCGAUGAUUACGAUGACGAGGGAUUUGAUAUCUCGACACCUGGACAAAAAGAUUUCCUAUCAUUUUGGCAGAAACAUGAUCGAGGUAAGGUCCUAUGUUCCCUAUCACACUCAUAUAAACUAUACUGCGGCCAGAAACUAUACAAUAACGACAAAAGUUUCAAGCAUCAUAUUCAAUCAAAUUUUUACCGCUCUAAAUCGGUGCCUGCAUUUUUCACCUCCUCGAUUCUUCCUAUAUCAAGUCUUUCAAUGCAGAACUUCCCAUUGCGUGGCCAAUCAUUUAAUAUGGCUAACAUGGCACUGUCAGCCCCGGACUCUAAACUCCACAUCCUUCAGGGCUUAUCCGAGUUGGAACUCGCUAUGCUGAUAGCUGCCGCACGACUUGACAUUAUUCUAGACACAGAUACUUGCAAUUUCGCAAUGGCUUACGACGAGUAUAGCUCCUUGACAUCAAGGUACAAGAUACAGACAUCGAGCACGGGAGUUACAGCUUUAGGAGGUAGUGCUAAAGUAUGGGGGAGGGAUGUCGCUUUGGGGGCUUGGGAAAGAUUGGUAGAUUAUGAUUUACUAAUAUCUGCAGCUAUCGGUGCGGCACAAGUGGGUGGAAUUGCAGGUCGUAUGUGGAAAGUAGAUAUCGCAUUGGAGGAAAUUCCCGGUAGUAUCGAGGGUUUGACUGGGGUCAUGCUUAAGUGGUGUAGAGAAAUAUGA